UCCAGUCGGUGACUCAGGGCCGCUCGGUCCGGGGGUGGGUGUGGGUAGGCAGGACCGACCAGGGCCGCGCGGGGGCAGCUGCCGGGCGUUCGGUCAUCUAGCGGUGGGAGCCGAGGCUGGCUCUGGCCAGUCGCCAUUCCGCCGCGGGCGUCUGUCUCGCCGGGUUCCCGGGCGCGGGAGGAAGGCCCGCGCCGCUUCCCACCCGGCGCGCUCCUCUCUCAGUGCGCAGUGGCCGGGUGGGUCAGCCGGCGGCGGCUGGAGCGCGGGACCGGCCCUGCGCGCGAUGAAUGGGCGCCCGGGGGACGCGCGCGCUCGGGGCUGAAGGGCAUUAGGACCGUGAGGAUCGCUCCGCGAUCCUGUCUCUCCCUAUCACCCCCCCGCCCCCCCGCCACCUCUCUCCUUUUUCUGCUCUGCAGGACUGAGCAGCUAGGCGCGAGCGAAAACAAACAGCUGGGGCUGCGAGCGCCCCCGCCCCGGCCCCGAGAGCACGCCGGCCCCGGCCCCCACCCGGGGCGCCCGUCUGCCCACCAUGAGGAAGAUCCGCGCCAAUGCCAUCGCCAUCCUGACCGUAGCCUGGAUCCUGGGCACUUUCUACUACUUAUGGCAGGACAACCGAGCCCACGCAGCAUCCUCAGGCGGCCGGGGCGCGCAGAGGGCCGGCCGCGGGCCGGAGCAGCUCCGCGAGGACCGCACCAUCCCGCUCAUUGUGACAGGAACUCCCUCGAAAGGCUUUGAUGAGAAGGCCUACCUGUCGGCCAAGCAGCUGAAGGCCGGAGAGGACCCCUACAGGCAGCACGCCUUCAACCAGCUGGAGAGUGACAAGUUGAGCCCGGACCGGCCCAUCCGGGACACCCGCCAUUACAGCUGCCCGUCUGUGUCCUACUCCUCGGACCUGCCGGCCACCAGCGUCAUCAUCACCUUCCACAAUGAGGCCCGCUCCACCCUGCUGCGCACAGUGAAGAGUGUCCUGAACCGAACUCCUGCCAACUUGAUCCAGGAGAUCAUUUUAGUGGAUGACUUCAGUUCAGAUCCGGAAGACUGUCUACUCCUGACCAGGAUCCCCAAGGUCAAGUGCCUGCGCAAUGACCGGCGAGAAGGGCUGAUCCGGUCCCGAGUGCGUGGGGCGGAUGUGGCUGCAGCUACCGUCCUCACAUUUCUGGAUAGUCACUGCGAAGUGAACACCGAGUGGCUGCCGCCCAUGCUGCAGCGGGUGAAGGAGGACCACACGCGUGUAGUGAGUCCCAUCAUUGAUGUCAUCAGUCUGGAUAAUUUUGCCUACCUUGCAGCAUCUGCUGACCUUCGUGGAGGGUUCGACUGGAGCCUGCAUUUCAAGUGGGAGCAGAUCCCUCUUGAGCAGAAGAUGACCCGGACAGACCCCACCAGGCCCAUAAGGACGCCUGUCAUAGCUGGAGGAAUCUUCGUGAUUGACAAGUCCUGGUUUAACCACCUGGGAAAGUAUGAUGCCCAGAUGGACAUCUGGGGAGGAGAGAAUUUUGAGCUCUCCUUCAGGGUGUGGAUGUGUGGUGGCAGUCUGGAGAUCGUCCCCUGCAGCCGGGUGGGCCAUGUCUUCAGGAAACGACACCCCUACAACUUCCCUGAGGGUAAUGCCCUCACCUACAUCAGGAACACCAAGCGCACUGCAGAAGUGUGGAUGGAUGAAUACAAGCAGUACUACUAUGAGGCCCGGCCCUCGGCCAUCGGGAAAGCUUUCGGCAGUGUGGCGACGCGGAUAGAGCAGAGGAAGAAGAUGAACUGCAAGUCCUUCCGCUGGUACCUGGAGAACGUCUACCCAGAGCUCACGAUCCCUGUGAAGGAAGCACUCCCUGGCAUCAUUAAGCAGGGGCCGAACUGCUUAGAAUCUCAGGGCCAGAACACAGCUGGUGACUUCCUGCUUGGAAUGGGGAUCUGCAGAGGGUCUGCCAAGAACCCCCAGCCCGCCCAGGCAUGGCUGUUCAGUGACCACCUUAUCCAGCAGCAGGGGAAGUGCCUGGCUGCCACCUCCACCUUAAUGUCUUCCCCCGGAUCCCCGGUCAUACUGCAGAUGUGCAACCCUAGAGAAGGCAAGCAGAAAUGGAGGAGAAAAGGAUCUUUCAUCCAGCAUUCAGUCAGUGGCCUCUGCCUGGAGACGAAGCCUGCCCAGCUGGUGACCAGCAAGUGUCAGGCUGACGCCCAGGCCCAGCAGUGGCAGCUGUUGCCACACACAUGACGGUAGCCCCGGGGCCUCCUGUACCUUUUGCAUGAGACUUUGGGACCGGAAGGGGGUUAGGGUGGGGGAGUGCAAAGCAGGCUGUUCCCAUCUCCCACAUUUCCGCCGGGACCAUCAGCAAAUACCCACCACAACACACGUUCUCCAAAGCUUGUUCCAGGAGGGCGCAGGCGGGCACGCCCCGAUGCCCUCAGCGCUGUCCUGGCCGUGCCCCGGGAGAGGAGAUGGUCAGGGUGCUGGACUGUUGCUGGGUAGAGACUGAGUAGGUGCCCCUGGCUCUUUGUCCUCUCCCUUGGCGCUUCUUGGGGCCAGGACAAUAGUGUGUGGUCUCUCCCCUUGUUGCCUGGAGAGAGCAAGGACAGAAGCCCACACAGGGGUCUGUUGGGUCAUGAGGCCCAGCUGUGUGGGCAGGCAGGGCCGGGGGAAUUGGGCAGUGUGGAUGGAGAGGCUGAAGGGAGAGGGGCAGCCUGCAGGAGCAGGUAAAGAACAGGAAGGAGGUGAGAAGCCUGGUGACCUGUCAGUGAUGCCAAGCCCAGGGUGGCACUGGGUUGGGUGGGGACGGAUGGUAUCUUGGCAGCAAAGGAUGGGUAAUUUGCAAAUGAACAUGGAUAGAAGAGCAGCAAAGCACCAAAAGAACAAGUUCUCUUACCCAGGACGCAGUCCCUUCCACACUUUACCAGCCCCGGGGUCUGAGCCCGGCACUGUGCCUCUGGUCCUGUGCCUGAGGGUGCCCACAUUCUUAGCAAAAGGCUGCAGAGGGAUCUCUAGGGGAAGAUUCGGGCAUAGUUUAUUAAACAGACUCCGCUUCUGUUUGGCCAUGUGUCAGGCUGAGACCUCUCUCUUGGAAUAGCUAGUGCCCUGUCCCUGCGGGCAGGACCCACUGAAAGGACGGGUAGCCACACACACCCCCGAGUAGCCCCAGCCUUGUUUGUCAUUUUUGACUCCUGCUUUCUCAAAGGUUUUGGCCUCUGUCAAUCAUGGGUCAGGGUGGUUGGAAAGAAGGGAACCUCCUUUCUGGACCAUGAACAGCCCCUAAGUCAUUAGGGCUCAACAUCACCCUUAUUCCCCUCCCCGCUACAGGAGGGAUUUUCUUGAAGUGUCAGCUAUUGCACUGGGCUGGGAGCCUGGCUGUGGCUCCUGUUUGUGUAGAGAACUCCCAGUUCCUUUUCACAGCCGCUGAGAACACAUUCACACAUCUACCCCAUGGCCUAGUCUUGGAACUGCUCCUGCUAUCCCUGCGCCCUGCUUCCCUUGCCCCACUGGCUCUUGGGCAAAGGAUUGUUGGUACCAGGACCCUGGGGGUCUCCCCUACAAAGCAGACCAGCCUAGGGCAGAUAUACCUACCACAGGAGCCCCCUGUCUUUCAUAGGCCGAGGAUCCACACACCUGUAGAGUUCAUGGAUUCCAGAAGGUCUAGGAAUCUCCUGAAAUUGUCCCUAAAAUACUGCAUGUGUGUGCAUACAUGCAUUUUCCUGGGGAAAGAGUCCAUGGCUUCUAAAAGAGGUCCCUGAUCCCCAAAGGGCCUGAACCUCUGCUCUGGAUUGAAGCCACUGCCUGCCCAAGCUGCCACCCCCUAAUCUUCCUCCCUGGUGUGCUCAAACUGCCAUCGCCUGCUCCCUCCACGCAGCCCUUGGGGUCGGCAGCCGAGUGUGUGUGGUCCGCAGCACCUGCUCUGGAGGGCUCUCCAGCAGUUUCGCCUCCUGACUCUCACCAGCGUCCUCUCAGCAGCGCUCCCAUGCCCAAGUGCACACCCCUGGACUUGCCAGUGCAGGGCCCUUCGCCCCCAGGGCCACGCUUUGCCCGUCCUCUGUUGUGAUGUUUCUUCCACAGCCAGGUGCAGCCUCAGAUCCCCUGUUCAUCUGGGAAGCCUCCAGCCACAGCUUAGGACAGAACCGGGCCCAGGGCAAAGGCCUCUCCCCAGAGGAUGGACUAGAAGGCCUGGGCCACACUCGGGCAUGGACCUUUGGGGCUGGGGAGCGGGGGCUUCUCCUCUUGAAUAUAAGAGGACUGCUGGCCAGGGGGCCUUCAAAAGGGUCUCUCCUUUGCUGUGGUCACAUCAGGCUCUGCACUUAUCAGUCAGUCCCUUGUGGCAACUCAGCCCUAUUCUGUUUUUGCUUUUCCUCUUCUUGACCAAAGCAUGUGCCACUAGCUGUCCUUGAGGACCUCGCCUUUAUGAAACACACACCUGGAAUAAAACCACUUCUUACAUGUC